UUUAACCCCACAAACUACGGUUGAAGAACCAGUCUCUCCCACCUCCAACAGCCAGAGAAUCUGCCGGAGAGCUUCUACGCUUAGCUUGUCGUUAUCAGAAGUAGGAGUCUCUGUUCACCGGAUUUUCGAAUAGGAAGGACUCCCACCACCGUGGCCUCCAAUAGCCAUCGGCAAGCUCCUUGCUCUCAAUCGCUACGCAAAAAUGGCGGCUCCGGCAAUUGAUAUCUAAGGGUUUUGAAAGUGUUUAGCAAACACGACUCGAUCCUAUCAAUCCAAUUCUAUAAAGUCCGAUGGCUGUUUCAUCUUCUCUUUUUACAUCUUCGUUGCAGGGGAGCAUGGUUGCUCCCAAAACAUUGAAAUGUUACAGAGAGUAUAUGUGCAGUCCUUCAAAUCUUUCCUGCAGACAAUCUGGAUAUUCUAAGUCAGUGUACCUAACACAUUUGAGGUUAUUGCCCAGUGGGAAAUUAUUGAAAAGGGAACAAACUGACAGAGUCUCUCCAAAGGACAGAAUCCAGUGCUGUGCAGUACAAGUUGAAAAUGCACCUUCAUUUUCAGUUGGGAAGAAGUUUCAGCUUGAUGAUGUAAUUGAAGCUCAACAAUUUGAUAGGGAUAUUCUUGGUGCUAUAUUUAAAGUCGCACGUGAGGUGGAGAAGAUUGAAAAGAAUUCUCCUGGAAGCCAAAUUCUUAAGGGUUAUCUUAUGGCUACUCUCUUUUAUGAGCCUUCCACUAGAACUAGGCUUUCCUUUGAGUCUGCCAUGAAAAGGUUAGGUGGGGAAGUUUUGACAACUGAAAAUGCACGGGAGUUUUCAUCAGCAGCUAAAGGAGAAACGCUUGAAGAUACCAUAAGAACCAUUGAGGGUUACUCGGAUAUAAUUGUGAUGCGGCACUUUGAAAGUGGUGCUGCCAAAAGAGCAGCUGUCACAGCUGGCAUUCCUAUUAUUAAUGCCGGGGAUGGUCCUGGGCAGCAUCCUACACAGGCUCUCUUGGAUGUAUAUACCAUUGAAAGAGAGGUGGGGAAGCUAGAUGGCAUCAAAGUUGGGCUAGUGGGUGAUCUUGCCAAUGGAAGGACUGUCCGCUCACUUGCUUACUUGCUUGCCAAGUACCAAGAUGUGAAGAUCUACUUUGUCUCUCCUGAUGUGGUAAAAAUGAAGGAUGAUAUAAAAGACUAUUUGACAUCAAAGGGAGUGGAAUGGGAAGAAAGUACUGAUUUAAUGGAAGUGGCUUCUAAGUGUGAUGUAGUGUAUCAAACUCGCAUUCAGAAAGAAAGAUUUGGAGAGAGAAUUGACCAAUAUGAAGAAGCUCGAGGCAAGUACAUUGUAGAUCAGAAUGUCUUGGAUGUUAUGCAGAAGCAUGCUGUGGUCAUGCACCCUCUACCAAGGCUUGAUGAGAUUACUGUGGAUGUCGAUGGGGAUCCAAGGGCUGCUUAUUUUAGACAAGCAAAGAAUGGACUUUAUAUACGGAUGGCUCUUUUGAAGCUCUUACUUGUAGGGUGGUGAAAAUGCCUCACCUCUAGUUUCAAAUUUUGACCCCUUUUUUUAAAAAAAAAAAAAAAAAAAAUUAGGGCUUCCAAUUUUGACUUGGUUUCCAUGGUUUACUGAAACUGCGAGACAGAAUUGUUUUUUUUUUUUUGUUGAGUUUGAACACGCAGGGAUCUGAAAGCCAUAGCUCUUAACUUUUUAUUUUUUUGGGUGACCUCUAAAUUGAUUUCCUCCUGUUAUGCUCUGAACUUCACUAAUGCUCGGUCAUGAGUCAUGACCUUGAAGCUCUCGUGACAAGAUCCAUUCUGUGCCA